AUGACUGUGAAUGAUCUCAGAUCUGAAGUUGUGGAUGCAACAAGUAAUGGUAGCGAUAAAGACGGUAGAGAAAGAGUUCAAUGGCUAAUGGGGAAUGAGACCGACCGGCUUUCAUUGCUGGCAAUCAAGGCCAAAAUAAUUGAGGAUCCACUGUAUGCUUUGAGCUCCUGGAAUGACUCUAUCCACUUCUGUCAAUGGCAGGGCGUUACGUGUAGCCGCAGGCAUCAGAGGGUCACUGCCUUGGACUUACAUUCCCAGGAACUGGUGGGAUCGAUAUCACCACACCUCGGGAAUUUAAGCUUUCUGAGGGAGUUACUGAUUCAGAACAAUAGCUUUGGCGAUGAAAUUCCCCCAGAAAUUGGCUGUUUGCCAAGGCUGCAGAUUUUGCAGCUGAGCAACGAUUUAAUUGGUGGCCAAAUUGCUAUAAAUAUAUCUCGUUGUGCUAACCUCAUUUCCAUCGAUUUUUCUCACAAUGGGUUUGUAGGAGAAGUUCCUGUGGAGCUGGGAUCCUUGUUGAAGCUCGAAAUAGUAAUUACGGAGGCCAACAAUCUUAGAGGGAGUAUCUUUCCUUUCGUGAAUUUGUCAUCUCUUCGCAACUUGUAUUUAGAUAACAACUACUUCAAUAUCGAAUGGAAGUCUUCCCUGGGACUUGGGAAUCACUCUCCCAAUCUUGAACUCUUCGGCAUUAAUGAAAAUCAAUUUACAGGAUCAAUUCCAGUUUCAAUAUCGAAUGCAUCUAAACUCUAUUCCCUAGAAACGGUUCAAAACAAACUUACUGGAAAGGUUCCUAAUUUAUCGAGACUGCAAAACCUCGAGAGGCUACUCCUUGCAAACAAUCAGCUUGGAUUCGGGGAAGCUGAUGACUUGAACUUUACCUUUUCUUUGAUCAAUGCCACCAAUUUACACCGUUUGGAAGUGAACAUCAACAAUUUUGGCUGCAAGUUUCUAGAAUACAUUGGUAAUCUCUCGAGAAACCUUGAAUAUUUGAAUAUAGACCACAAUCAUAUAUUCGGAAUCAUUCCACCUGGGAUACUAAAUCAUGUUGGAUUGCAGAGUUUGAAUAUGCAGUUUAACCAAUUCACUGGUACUAUUCCACGUGAGAUUGGAAACCUUCAAAAUCUACGCAGAUUGAAUCUCGACGACAAUUCAUUGUCUGGUGUAGUACCAACACAAGGUGUAUUCAGUAAUGCAAGUGAAAUAUCAGUGGUGGGAAACACUAAGCUCUGUGGGGGGGUAGCUGAAUUGAAGCUACCUAAAUGCAACUUGAAAGUGGAUGAAAAGAGGAGAUCAAAUAGUGCCUUAGCUUUAGCACUCUCUAUACCCUUUGGUUUUGUAGGACUAGCUCUCAUGGGGUGUGCUCUAUAUCGUUGUUGGUUUAGAAAGAGAAGAAAAGACACUCCUUCAUAUUCAUCAAAAAAUUUACUCCUGAGGGUGUCUUACCAAACUCUUGUUAAAGCCACUGAUGGCUUCUCAUCAUUCAAUUUAAUCGGUGUUGGUAGUUUCGGGUCUGUGUACAAAGGAGUUAUUGAUGGAAGAAUUGUCGCUGUGAAGGUGCUAACGGCAUGUUCGACGAUAGAUUAUCAGGGUCAUGACUUCAAGGCCCUGGUUUAUGAGUUCAUGGUCAAUGGGAGCCUUGAAGAGUGGUUACAUCAAAAUUGCAAUGAAGAUUUGUCAAAUGAAGAGUUUAAGAAGCUAAACCUUCUUCAAAGACUAAAUAUUAUCAUUGAUGUUUCUUGUGCCCUGAAUUAUCUUCACAACCAGGCCCAAUCCCCAAUAGUCCACUGCGAUCUUAAGCCAAGCAACAUUCUUCUGGACAAAGAUAUGACUGGGCAUGUUGGUGAUUUUGGGUUAGGAAAAUUCCUUGCUCACUGUUACAAGUCUUUGUUAAAUAUUGUUAGAAACUUGAAUGGAAUAUUUUUCUGA